AUGUCCACUAGGAACAAGGUGUCAGAGGAAAUCGAAUUCACUCCUGGUCCAUCAUCACCUGGUUCUCUCUUUGGUCAAGAUUGGCAAGAAAGGAGGGCGUAUGUUCAACCCAGCGAUAACAUAGUCAUUAUGCUUGCUGAAAGGGAACGUGGCUAUGCACGUAACGGUGUACGGCAUGUUCGCAACCGACGUGAGUUUUAUUCGACUGUGGCUAUGGAUCGUGUAGUAGAGGUGCCGGAGGCUCGUCACUUGCAAGAUCAUGUGGUUUCAUGGACACCUGAUGGAUCGAGGCUCAUCACAUUUCGUGUAAAUCUACGUUCUAUUCGAAUAUUUCGUUAUCUGGGCGUCGAAAGCGCUCGUUCAAGUUCUGCCGAAGAUAUCUGCGGGCGAUUAUUCGAAUUAGAAUCCGAGGUGACCAUGAUGAUGGGAACCUCUCGUUUGGAAAGUGCUUCUUUGCGGACAGAUUGCAUGCUUUUCACGGAUGAUGGAAAUUACAUGAUCGUUGCAACAACAGCCCCGGUGAGAUUCCUUGUUGACUU